CAGAUCUCACUGGGUGUGCCGUCCACUUGGGGUGCUCAGCGUGAGAGCAUCAUCUCCGUCCCCAAGCCACCGGCGGAGAUUCAGUCGCUGGUAGAGAUGGUCAGUGCGGGCGAUCCGGCGGUGUGUGUGCUGACACAGGAGUUUCUGGUGUACCUGGCCAUGUUCAUCCGCAGCGAACCCGCGCUCUUCAACGAAAUGCUUCGUGUGCGUGUAGGGCUGAUCAUCCGCGUGAUGAUGAGCGAACUUGCGCGCAAUCUGGACUGCAGUGAAAACCUCGCUUACGAAUACCUAUUAAGACGGUCGCCAUUCGAGCUCAAGUCCCUAUUGCACCACAUGCUGUCUGGAAAGGAGUUCAAUGUGAACGAAGAUGGCAAGAAGAAUAUGAUCGAGGAGGAUAUCGCCAACUACAUUGGGCCGGAAAAGGGCACGCACAAGACGUCCAACAUCAUCGGACUAGAACAAGACGUGCAUCAACUGAAGAAGGAGAAGCACUCCGACAGUGACACCGCCUCGCGUAGGGGCCAGUGGAUGCGCCGAAGGCAACUGGACGGUGCACUCAACCGUGUGCCGGUCAAGUUCUUCAAUCGUGUAUGGCAUGUGCUCAAGAAAUCCCAUGGCUUUGUUGUGAGCAAUCACCUGCUCCCGCAUCGGCCUACAGUUCAGGAAAUGACUGCUGGCGAACUUAAGUUUGCGCUCCGCGUGGAGAGUAUGCUCAACUGCAUCGUCAGCGCCGAAUACAGACAAUUGACUGUGGAGGUACUUAUGCUGCUCUCAUUCAUUAUGGAGGAGAAUCCAAGCUGGUCUGUCAGCCACGUCAUCGAUCUGGAUGCCAUUGUAGCGCAUGCCGUGUCGUUGUUUGAUGAGGAUCUCUGUGCGUACGAUUUUAAUCACGAGAACGAUAUGGUCGGCCUGGGUGUGAAAGCUGGCGGGGGCAAACCCGGAGUAGACACUGGCGAUGGAGACUGGCGGUUGACGUUGUUCUACGAUAACGCACCCAGUGGCAGACAUGGCACCAUGACGUAUCUGGCAAAGGCCAUCUUCCAGCUACUGCCUUUCCCAACCCCAGAUAGUUGCCGGGUGGCGUGAGUCCAGCAAUUUAAUUAUUCUUGUAUGCUCAUCAGCAAGCGCUUAGUCUAGGUUGAUGGUGUCAAAGUCAUACGACUAUGGCAAAAACUGUUGGAUCAUUCAAUGUGAAGCCACAAGGAGUGGAAGUUCGGCAUCAGCUGCGCACUGGUAGCUUUGAGUCAGGACAUGCAGAUGACACCCGAACAAAGGGUGUUCCUCGCCCCUCGCCCAUGAAAUCAUUCUGACGCACACGCUCUCCUGUUUGUCGGUUUCCUCUUCCGUGUCAUCGUGGACCAAUACGCUGAAAACCUAAAGCCGAAUGCGUUAGCUUUUGGACAGCAUAAAUAGCGCGUUAAAACCGCAUCGUUCGUCGGUAUCGAAAUUGCAAAUAAGAACAUAUUUAAAAGGCGUCAGAUUCAGGCUCCUCAUGUACCAAACAAAAUCAAUAGAUCUGAAGUUUUAACUCGCAAUUCAAUCCGACGUGAAGCCCAAGUGGUUCGACAGCAGAACCGUCUAUGGUUUUGUUCAAUAGAUGAGUAUGGGUGAAAGCGAAUGCAAUCAAGUCGUAUCUGGAUGCUCUCGUACAUCAGUUUAUACCAGUGCGCUUGUAAACUUGAUUUGGAACAGUCAAGCUAUCCUGAAAUGAACCCCCGCUCCCCCCUCCCCCCCCCCUUGGCAAAUUCAAUGUCUUGAACGGUCACGAGAGAGAAAGAUCAAUUCGCUUAUAUUUUUAGAAUAGUCACAGAAGAAAACAUCACCAAUACAUGUAUAAAUUCCAACCCAAGUCAGUACUAGACCUGGUUGUUUUAGUAAAGGAAAGUUAAAAUAAAAUAUAAAUUGAAACGU